AUGUCCAUGCGAGUUGUGCCCAGUGUCUUGGGCAAAAGAGGGAUUCAGGACCUCUGCGGGACGCACACGCGCUUACCCUUGCUCGUAGCCUCCAGACGGCUGCCUUACAUUUACGGUGCUCGCCAUUAUGCCAGUACCGAACAAGAGGGCAGACGGGAGGAUACGGGACCGCCUCCGGGCUUCGACAGUUCCAAAGCAAGCCAAUCCUCCAGCUCAACCUCCCUUUCCAAAUCCAAUUCUGCCUCGAACAGUGCCAACUCGUCCCAGCGAGAGUCUUCCUCCUCCAGCUCUACCAACUCUGAUACUUCUACUUUUCACGUCCCUGACUGGGAGGAGAACCCAGACCUCAGUAUAUCCAAGUUCUCCGAGCUACCCGGGAAAGAUUUUGGGGUCAAUCAACAUAUUCUUAUAAAUGAAGAGUUCAAGGAAGCGUUGCGACAAAUACUCUGGAAAUUCCGGGCGCCAAUCAGAUAUGCCUUUGCGUACGGUUCGGGCGUCUUCCCUCAGAGCUCCAAGCAAGAGGACGGGAACUCGAACCUCCAUCCAUCGCCGCCCGAAGCAAUUGCCAAAGUGCAGGACGGCAACCAGAAGAUGAUUGACUUUAUAUUUGGUGUUUCAUACUCGCAGCACUGGCACUCUCUGAACCUGCAAGAACAUCGGGAUCAUUACUCGGCCGUUGGGUCUUUGGGAUCAUACGCCGUCUCCAAGAUCCAAGAUUCCUUUGGUGCAGGGGUAUACUUCAAUCCGUACGUCACAGUGAACGGUACACUGAUCAAAUAUGGCGUGGUCAACUUGGACACUCUGUGUAAAGACCUUUCUGAGUGGAACACUUUGUAUCUGGCCGGCCGGCUCCAAAAACCCGUCAAGAUCUUGCGAGACAACCCGGCAGUACGAUUGGCGAACCAGGUGAAUCUGAUUGCCGCCGUGCGCACAGCUCUUCUCCUUCUCCCGCCCGAAUUCACCGAACAACAGCUCUACUCGACCAUCGCGGGCAUCUCAUACAUGGGAGAUCCGCGGAUGAGCAUUGGCGGAGACGAUCCAGGCAAAGUCAACAACAUAGUCAAACACCAGCUGUCCAAUUUCCGCCGUCUCUACGCGCCGUUGAUCGAGAACCUGCCGAACAUCUCUUUCAUCGAUUCCGCCACUUCCAGACGCGACUGGCUGGAAGAUCCCACGGUCAAUACCAAGCUAGCUCAAAACAUGGACCCCGUCACGCGAGGCCACAUGGUCCGCCGCCUACCCAGCGCCUUCCGCCAGAAACUGUAUUUCGAGUACCAGUCCAAAUUCAACAUCCCGCGCGGCGAGUUCCAGAAGAUGCUCGAGCAGACCAAAGACGAAGACCCGGACCGGAUCCGCAAACGGCAGGGCGGCCCCUUUGAGCGACGCAUUGCCGAAGACACCGAGGGUGGUGGACUACGAGAAGAGGUCCGGCAGGUCAUUGAAUCGACCAUUCGCUGGCCCAGUCUUAUGCAGACCAUCAAGGGACCCAUCACGUCGGGCUUUGCGCGUAGCUGGCGCUACAUAAAGGAGAAAAGACUGAAGGCGAAAAAGGGAGCGCUUGCUCUCAGUCAAGAAAAGAAGAAUAAAUGA